AUGGCUCCAACAAAAGAGAUGUUUCUUGAGACCAAGGAGAGGAUUAUCAAACUUCUUGAAGAAGAUGUCAGUGAAGAGCCCCUUCGUACAGACUGCCGCUGCAUUAAAGAAGAAGAGGAGGAAGAGCCCCUUUACGUCAAAGAGGAAGAGGAGCCAGAGACCCCCCGCAUCAAGGAUGAAGAAGAGGACGAUCUCCCAGAGUUACCGUUGAUCUUGCUGAAGAGCAAAGAUGAUGAAGAUCAAGGUGAUGAGAAUGAAUGGGUGGAGUAUCCGAGCAGCAGCUCCGGUCAACACGUGACCACGGAACAGUCGGGCGGCCUCUUGGCUCCUCUAUCAGAAAGCGACGACAUCACCUCGCUGUCCCCCGACGACGACGACUACGACGUUGACUACCAACGCUCAAAAGAUGCGACGUCGUCUCGUGUCGACCGAAAACAUUGGGAAUGUUCUCAGUGUGGAAAAACUUUAAGUUCCAAGCGGGUUUUGAAAGAACACAUGCGAAUUCACACGGGAGAGAAACCUUUUGCCUGCUCGUUCUGCGGUCAACAGUUCUCUUUUCGGGAAAACCUUAAAAUACACACGCGGACGCACACCGAGGAGAAACCUUUUGUGUGCGCGGUCUGCGGAAGAGGAUUCACUCAAAAGACAAACUUGACGAAGCACACGCGAACGCACACGGAGGAAAAACCUUUUGUCUGCUCGGUUUGCGGCAAAAGAUUUACUCAAAAGACAAAUUUGAAAACGCACGCCAGAACGCACACCGGGGAAAAACCUUUCGUCUGCGCAGUUUGCGGCCUGAAAUUCUCCGUCAGGGGAAACUUGAGACGGCACACAAAAACGCACACCGGAGAGAAACCUUUUGUCUGCUCGGUCUGCGGCCUGAGAUUCGCCACGAAGCCGAAUUUAACGAGGCACGCGCGGACGCAUAGCGAAGAGAAACCUUACGCCUGCUCGUUUUGUGACGAACGCUUUGCCCUGCAGGCCAAUUUGAUCACGCACGUGAGGAUGCACACCGGACAAAAAACUUUCGCCUGCUCCGUUUGUGACAAAAGAUUCUGCGUCAUGGGAAACUUAAAAAGACAUGCCAUCACACACACGGGCGAGAAACCUUUUGCCUGCUCCAUUUGCGGUCAGAGAAUGUCCACCAAAGCAAAUUUAACCACACACACGAGGAAACACACUGGGGAGAAACCGUUCAGUUGCAGCGUGUGUGACAAACGAUUUUUGAGUAAGGCUUAUGUUAAGAGGCACAAGUGUACUGGUGAGAAGUGCGACAGUGAAGAAAUGAAGCUGUAA